UUUUAUAUUUUAAUUAUAAUAGGUAUUUUAAUUUUCUUACAAUCACAAGAUAAAGUUUCCAUAAGUCAAAAUAAGAGACUGUAAUGUGCCAGUUUUCAAGAAAAUCCAAACCGCAGAAAGAAGAUAUUGAGAGAGCCAAUGGAAAGUGAAUCCACCGCCGCCAUGAAAAAGAUAUUCCUCAUCACCAACUGCAUCCUACUCGCCGUCGGAAACUGCGGCGGCCCUCUGAUCAUGCGCCUCUACUUCAUCCGCGGCGGCAACAGAAUCUGGUUCUCCAGCUGGCUCGAAACCGGCGGCUGGCCCAUCAUCCUCAUCCCCCUCCUCGCCUCCUACACGAGCCGCCGCCGCCGCCACGCCGGGGCGGAGCUCUUCCACAUAAAGCCGCGCGUGUUCGCGGCGGCGGCGGCGAUCGGGGUCCUGACGGGGCUGGACGACUACCUGUACGCGUACGGGGUGUCGAAGCUCCCCGUGUCCACCACCAGCCUCCUGGUGGCGACGCAACUGGGGUUCACGGCGGCGUUCGCCUUCCUGAUCGUGAAGCAGAGGUUCACGGCGUACUCGGUGAACGCGGUGGUGCUGCUGACGGUGGGAUCGGUGGUGCUGGGGCUCCACGCGGGCGGCGACCGGGCGGAGGGGGAGAGCGAUAGGGAGUACUGGGUGGGAUUCUUCAUGACGCUGUCGGCGGCGGCGCUCUACGGCUUGAUUCUGCCGCUGGUGGAGCUGACGUACAAGUCGGCCAAGCAGGCCAUAACGUACACCCUCGUUAUGGAGAUGCAGUUGGUGAUGUGCUUCUUCGCCACCGUGUUUUGCACUGCCGGAAUGCUCAUCAACAAUGAUUUUCAGGCAAUUUCAAGAGAAGCAAGAGAAUACCAACUGGGACAAACAAAAUACUAUUUGGUGGUGGUUUGGAGCGCCAUAAUUUGGCAGUGUUUUUUCUUGGGAGCGAUUGGUGUUAUAUUCUACUCAUCGUCCCUUCUUUCAGCCAUAAUAAUCCAUGUCUUGUUUCCCAUCACUCAGACUUUAGCUAUUAUUUUCUACCACGAAAGUUUCUACGCUGAAAAAGGUGUCGCUUUUUUCUUAGCUCUUUGGGGUUUUACAUCCUAUUUUUUGGGUGAGAUUAGAUACAGCCACAUCAACACCAACACUGCAGAUCAAACUCAUCAUUUGGAAACUUAAUUUCCGAUUUUCUAAUUUUAUAUAUAUAUAUAUAUAUUUCGUAUUUUAGUA